AACGUCAUUCCGCUCGUCUCUCUCGCUCACAUCAACUCUCCAGGCAAAAUAUCCUGGGCGCGAUGGAUGCAACGCCAGCGAGCAAGAAGGCCACGCCGGCCGCCGCCGUCGCCGACGCGGUCCCGCUCGCUGCGCAGCAGGCGGCGGAGCAGCUGUCGUCGCCCGAAUCCGUCGCCGGCGUGAGGGCGAGCGGCAGCGAGGACGACGACGAGCAGGUGGAGAGGUUCUACGCGCUGCUGGACAACAUCCGCGCCAUGAGGGGCAUGGUCAGCACCGGCGGCGCGGCACCGGGGAGGAAGCGGGCGCGCGACGACGAGCCCCCGUGGCGGCCGGCGUUCCGGAUGGAGGACUUCGAGCUUGAGGAAUUCGACUCCGGCUCCGCGGGGUGCGACGGGGGAAAGAAGAAGAGGGAGAGCAGCAUCGCGAAGCGGCCGGCCGACGAGGAGGAGCAGGCCGAGGUAGUGGAGGCCAAAGGUCCCCGGUGUGGGCCGCGGCCGCCCCAGUCGCACAAGCCGCGGCGCGAGGGAGUGCGAGCCGUCGACACGUGACAGGAAUUAGAAUACACAGCCCUGCCCUGGUCCAAUUUGCACGUCUUUCACAUUUACGAUGAUAUUUCUAUAUUCUAUAUUCUAUCUAUACUACUCUAUUAAGUUUGUAGUGUCAGUGUCCACACAUGCAAUGCCCCCGCCUCGCGUUGCUCGUCCCCCUGCCCUGCCGCGAGUCGUCUCCGCCCACGUCGUCUCCCGAAAUCUCGCCCCCCGAGACGCGCCCGCGCCACGGCUGCCGCUCCUUCCGCCCCGCCUGCCCACCUCGACCACCCCUCCCCCGCGGGUGCUGCCAGAACUGGUGGGUGGAUGAUCUCUCCGUGGUCAAGGUCGACCACUCCCAGGUGCUCCUCGCCUCCGUCACCUUCUCCGCCCCCAUGCCGUUGCUCCGCCUCCGCGUGGCCUCUCCUAGGUCAGUCCUCCUCUUGAAGCCCGCAUAUUUCAGGUGUCCGCAGUCUCCGCAUAUUUCAGGUCAGGCCUCCCCGCCGCGAUCGAUGGGUCCGCGGUCUCCGUCCACUUCCGCCGGAUGUCCGUGUUCGCCUCCACCCGCCCCGUCGCGGCCGCCCUCGGCGCCGCCGCGUUCGAGGAGGUGCUCACGCUGGUCCCCGGUCUACUUCUCCCGCGGCGCCAAGGCCGUCGUCAAGUACGAGCCCCGCGCCUUAGCUGUCUCCGUCGCCGCCUCCACUCUCGACCUCGGUAAGCACGAGGUCAACCUCACCCGCCUUCUCCCGCUCUCGUUCGAGGAUCUCGAGGACGACGGCGACUCCGGCUUCGAGAAGUGGAGCACCAGCUUCCGGCUGUCCGGCCCCGUCCGCGGCGCGCGGCUUAACGUAACCUUCUCUUGCUCGCUCCUCGCGGGCGGCGGCACCAGCGAGCAGCACAGGGGCGGGGAAGUGGCGGGGCUGCGACGCGGCUCGAUGGCACGGGCAGUGUCAGUGCAAGUGCCGACGCCUUUGCCCGCGCGGAGCAGGGGCGUGAGGGUUCUCCACGAGGUGCUGCCCAGCUUGAGGUCUGCCAGGCCGGUGCCUUCUUCUGUUGCUGACGGGGGUCCUGAUGCGAGGAAGGAGGAGGUGGCAGCACCGGACUGCACGGAAGAGGGGUCUCCGGAGGCAAAGCACUGCACAUCGGUAGAGCCAAGCUGUGUACUGACGGAACGCCUUGAGCGAGAGCGAGGUUGCGCUCCACUCCACUCCACUCCACUAGCCAGUUCAGUUCUUGCUUCCUGCUCCUGUCGUGGUGCCCUGAGUCCCUGACUGCGAGGAGCUAGCUAUGCAUCCCUGCGGUGGCUGACGAACUGCGUAGCCUGAUCAAACAGGUACCGAAUAUGUUUUCUCACUUUGGUUUUGAUGCUCUUCUGUUUCGGAUUAUUGGGAUGUCUUUGUCAUGUUGAAUGCUGGGUUUCAGUUUUACAACUACAUUGGUGUAGCCUGUGUUCGUCAGCUUUGGUGGAUAGUUAAUAUAUUUUUUUUGAACAAAAUGGCACCUGAAAUGUUUCAAUU